CCAACAUUUUAAAAACCCCUUUUCUUGUGUUGUUUCUUUGUAAAAUUUUCUUUAGAACAUUCUUAAAAAAAAAAAUGGCGAAACUUGUCCAAAUAAUUGUCUUCUUAAUGGCAUCGAUAUUAAUGCCCACUAGCUUGGUCAGAGCACACGAUGUUCUUCUCGGCGCCUACUACGGUCUUAGUGGCAACAACUUGCCUCCACCAUGGAAGGUGGUGCAUCUCUGCGAAAAAUACAACAUUCGUCGGAUCAGAUUAGAUAUACCAACCGUGGAUGUUUUGACUGCGUUUCGUGGUUCGAAUAUUGAUCUCUCUUUUAGUGUACCAAAUGACAUGCUAACGGAUAUGGCCACAAAUAAAGCUCUUGUAGAAGAGUGGUUUAAUACUUACAUUAAACCCUUUGUUGACGAUUUCAAAAUCAAUUACAUCAUUGUUGGGGACAAGGCCGUCCCUGGCCUUGACAAUUUCAUAUUGCCAGUCAUGAUGUCCCUUCAAGAUCUCCUCAAUGCAAACUAUUUUGGACAAGUGAAGCUUACUACAUUGGUCGGGUACAAUGCUGCAUUGGUCUCUCAAGACCCGCCAUCCUCCGGCGUAUUCAACCCAACCGUAAGGGAGAACAUGAGAGGCAUACUCAAAUUCUUAGCAGAAGAAGGCUCAGCUUUGAUGGUUAGCGUAUUCCCGCAUCGACAAUAUAAGUCCAAUGGCGGUAUGAGUUUGAACUACGCAGCAUUAAAGGAGACAAAGCCAGUAGUUGAAGACGGAGAGUUGAAAUAUUCCAACUUGUUCGAUGCAAUGAUGGAUGCAUUUUAUGCAGCUAUCGAAAAAGAAACGAUUGGAGAAGUGACUCUUGUAGUUGGAGAAACUGGGUGGCCAACUUGCGGAGACAAUCAUGAAAUUGAAACACUCGAUAUUGCCAAGCAGUACAACAACAAAUUUAAGAGUCAUAUUUCCUCUGGCAAGGGAACUCCAAGGAAGCCAAAUGUUUAUCUUGAAGGUUUCAUACAAAGUUUAUUCAAUGAAAAUCAAAAACCUGAAGGAGAGUCACAAUGCUUUGGGGUGUUUGAUGUCAACAUGAACCCUAUUUAUUCAUUGUUUUGGUAGUUUGCUGCCCAAAAAUUAUUUAGAAUUAUAAAUUUAAUAUUUACUACGAUUUUUCCUAUUUGACGUUUAUCGUGUUCAACCCAAACUAAAAUAAUUUGAUCAAACUAUAAUAACAUAGAACCUGUAAUAACUCACUCUUUAUCCCAAACACUCUAAAAAUAUUCAUGUCAA